AUGGCGCCCGCACUCGGAAAACGGAAGCGUGUAACGCGCAAAGAACUCGAACAACCGUCGCGAUCACCUUCUCCCUCUUCCGGCUCGGGCGACGACUCCGGCGCAGAAGAUCUCCAGGCGAUAUUCCGGCGCGCAUUCGAAGCAAAGUUCAAGCCUCUGCCGGUAGAGCCUAAGAAAGCGAAGAUAGAGGAAGCGCCCGUGGAAGACGAACCAGAGGAGGAAGAGGAAUCGGACUGGUCAGGCAUAAGCGACAACGAAAAUGACGUCGAAGUCAUCGAGUACCAAGACCCAACGCGCGAACUCGACGAGACCGAACGGGCAGAAAUGAAAGCCUUCAUGUCGUCGAAACCGCCCACCUCAGCAUCCACUACAACAUCAAAGAACACCACCACGAAGAAGAAACAAAACGACGACGCCGACCCCAACGAAUCCUCCAUGCUAAAAAACGACAUGGCCCUCCAACGCCUCCUCCGCGAAUCCCACCUCCUCUCCGCCUCGUCCUCGGGCACCUCCACACCCACCCUCGUCGCCACCGGCGCCGCACGCCACAAAUCACAAGACCUGCACCUCCAAGCGCUCGGCGCCAAAGGCUCCAUCUUCACACAGAAGAAGAUGCCCAUGGCACAGCGCAAACACAUGAUAGACAAAGCGCGGACGACGGAAGAAAAGAGGCGGGCGGACGCAAAGGAAGCGGGUAUUGUUCUAGAGAGGGAGAAUAGGGUGGUUAAGAAGGGGCCGGAGAAGAAGAGGGAGAGGGGGGUUGGCGGGCCUAGUAUAGGCAGGUUUAGGGGGGGUACGCUGAGUUUGAGUAAGAAGGAUGUGGAGGGUAUUACGGGGAGUGGGAAGAAAGGGAAGGGGGGGAAGGGGGGUGCGAAGAAGGGGAAGAGGUGA